GCGAGCGAGCGAGCGAGCGAAAAUGAAAAGGUAGUGGAGGGAUCUCCUCUGGAGCAAGAAGGAAGAGUAAUGGCGAUGAUGGUUGAUGGUUAUGGUGAUUUCCAGUGUGCAAAGUGACGGUGAAGUGCAGGAACGCGGGAGCUGAAGACAGAUCGACGGGGAAUUAUAAUAGAUUACGUAUGUAUAUAUAGAAAUAUAUAUAUAUAUUGUGAACAGGGGGAGUUGUAAGAAAGAAGAUAAAAAAAACGAAUUAUUUUUUUCUUGUUUUCUUCUGUUUUUUCCGCCUUUGCGCUCUGAUAUUCAUGUCACGAUAUAGAUAUAUAUACGGUCGGCGGGUCGAGGGAAACUUGAUGUCGACACGUUGUACGGCCAGUGUUGGCGGGGGUGUUCGCCACGUGUGAGCCGUAGUCGGGCCCGUGGUAUGUACAUGGUGGAUCGACCGAUCGAUUGAUCGAUCGAUCGAUCGAUCUUGUUGUAGACAAGGCAGGAGUUCAAGCUGACGGAUGUUCUGCAAUAGGAUAUACUUAAUAAGAAGGUGGGGGCGCGGGAGGGGGAGGGUGGGGAGGAGGGCAACGGGGGCUUGGGUUGAAAGGAACGUCUGGAGAGAAGGCGAAGCGAAGUUUGUCUCGCAUACGCAUUCUACAUCCGUAUAUUGGAUCUGUGAAAAGAGAGAGAGAGAGAGAGAGAGAGAGAGAGAGAGAGAGAGAGAGAGAGAGAGAGAGAGAGAGAGAGAGAGAGAGAGAGAGAGAGAGNAGAGAGAGAGAGAGAGAGAGAGAGAGAGAGAGAGAGAGAGAGAGAGAGAGAGAGAGAGAGAGAGAGAGAGAGAGAGAGAUGUUUCGUAUGCUGGGGCGCGCGGCGAUCCGCGCUGCGAGAGGGGGUGUGAGGAGGGGCAGUGAGAGCGGAGAGUGUGGAGGUCGACAUAGACGAAGUGCGUGGGAAACUUUGAGAAGAUGGCAGGAGAGAGGGCGGGUGACCGCCCUCGGAUCGGGCGGCGGUAUCGGGACGAGGGCACGUGGCGUUCACACGGACAGCAUGUAUAUUCAUCACACUCGCGGGGGCAGUGGGCGUGAUUCCGCCGCGGUCACGGUUGGCCUUGUCCAUGCGCUUGAGCGGCUCGCUCCCGGGAUCGGUUAUUUCCGUCCUAUCGACUCCACAUCUAGCGGCGGUCUCAGGACUACUCUUGUCCAACGCGUGUUCAAACUGGCUGAUGACAUCAAGAGCAUGCAGGGUGUGACAGACUCCGAAGCAUACGACGCUCUCGCGGAAGACAAGCUCGACGACAUGCUCGAAGAGAUCCUCAAAGCAUAUGAAACUUACAAGAAGAAUCAUGACUUCGUUGUGGUGGAGGGAGCAAGCAUGAAGGACGGAAGAGAUAUGUCGAUCCUGAAUGGAAAAAUUGCAGGCGCACUUGGAACACCUGUCCUCUUGGUGACUGAUGGGGGUGUGGCGGGAACCGAAAAGUCACGCGAGGAAUGGGAGGAUGGAGAAUGGGAGAGGGAGGUUGUGAAUGCCACUCUUCUGAGUCAUGCUGUGUUCUCACAUGAAGGGGUUGACUGCCUGGGGUCGCUUAUUCACAGAAUGCCCCUCAGCCUAAGCCCUAUGCGGAUGAGAAAGCUGGCACUCAAGUUCGAAGAGCACAGCAUCCCUUUUGCAGGUGCCAUACCGGAGGACAACUCUCUCACCUCCAUACAGGUUCAUGAUGUUAUUCACGCACUCAAUGGAGAACUGCUAUAUGGAGGGAAUCUUCAGUCCGCUCUGGCAGCAGAGGUUACACAAUUCAUUGUGGCCACAAUGCAGUUAUCUGACUUGCUCUGCUACCUGCCGACCCACAAGGACCCAAGUAAAGGUUCCUGUGUAAUCACGUCUGCUAAUCGAGCAGAUGUUCUGCUGGGCAUGCUCAAUCUGCACGAGUCUCACACCCUUUCAAACGUUACUGCCGUUGUACUCACCGGUGGCCAUCGUCCCAGUCCCGAAAUCGACCUCCUUGUAAAGGUGCGUGCCAUGCUCAAUGUCUUACCGGGGUACAGUGGGCUGAUAUACAGCUACUGGGACAGCACGCGUCCAGGCCAGCCAAGCCCCUCGCCGGCCAGCCAGCUUCCCAUAAAGGAAAAGGAGCAGCCAGAGCUCACAUUCAUUCUGGCUAGCUUUUGUGCAGCUGGCUGGAAGGAGAGCGCAUACGGGCGCCGGGUGUCAGAGCUGCUGGGUGCAGCUAGUGUGGCAGUCAUAUCCGGGCUGCUCACACAUGAAGCCGAUGUGGAAUGGCAGAUGUCCUUCGGCCGAGGAGAAGGGCCUGUGGGACAAGACAGGGACGAGGCGUGGUGUGUGAGGUCACGUCCCUGGUGAUUGGGAUAUUGGUCGCGUGAGUCCGCGACGUCAUUUGCCACCGGGGGGUGCACUUCAUGAAGUCAUGUUGUCGU